AAAACUUAGCCAAGAAGAUUCGUAAUUCCCUCGGUGGCGAAGCGAAGGAAAAAUACCAAAGGAACUGGGAGAAUUUCUCCCUAAGUUUGACCAAACGAGAAAAUUACAUGAAUAUCGACAGAUAAAAAUCGUUUCUGUGCUUGUGUGAAUUGACGUAACCGCCUGAGAUUCCUGCAGUUUGCCCCGAUCAACGGGCUUCUUUUUUACAGAAAAUGGGUGUUGGUUUUUUAUUAUUGCUCGUAGCGCUUGUCCCUUUUGCAAGUUCUCGAGACUUACGAACUGCAACAAGAGUUAACCGCCGAACAGCGCCAGAUCCACUUCUAGUCCAACUAUUCAAUGACCCGACUGUGACUAGUUUAAAUAAACAAACGCUUGACAAUGCCGACGAUGCUUCGGCUUCCGGGUCCGGCAUGUGGUCGAUGUCCGGAGACGGACCGAAUACGCUCAACAGCGACAAUGCGAUUAAGACUGAUACGACACAUAACGCACCAUCUAGUAGCGAUACUGCCACUGCUGUCGAAUUAGCAACCGACCAGUCGACCGCAGACGUUGGAUCUGGAUCUGGCUCUAGUGCUGAGCCUAGCGCCCAGACUGCUGCGCCAACGAAGACGCAGACGAAGACUGAGGACGAGACCGUAGAGACCAAAGAUGACAGCAUGACGCACGAAGACGAGAACGCGAAAAAAUCCUCGUUUAUACCUGCGGAAACGCAGACCGUGACAGACCAAGUAGAAGAGGGUGGUAAUGAUGUUCGUGAUUCAACAGCGGCGCCCAAGGCCAAAGCUUUUGACGAGAAGAACAUGUAUGACGCGACUAUUGUCAAGAAGGACGAUGUGCCCAAACCGAACGACGUCACAGCUACAGCCAAAUCAGUGAUAGUACCCUCACCAGACGAACAGGGUGGUCUUGCCCCCUUGACAACAGAUACCAAUACACCACAGAACGACCAGCCACAGCAGUUAGACCAAGCACAACUAGUGCAACAACCACAACAAGACAUGGCAGCCCAGAUGGCUAUGCAGCCUCAACAAGACAUGCCACAACCAGCAAUACAGCAACCACAGCCAGACAUGUCUCAAUUUGCAAUGCAACCACAACAAGACGUGGCACAGGCACCACAACAGCCUGCAGCAGCACCACAGCCUUAUACAUCAGACCCUUCCAUGCAGGGCCAGGCACAAGCUUAUACUGGUCAAUACCAGGACCCUUCGCAGCAGCAGGCUGCAGCUGGGGCUUACCAAGAUCAGGUUCCUCCUGCCACGGAUCAAGCCAUGACGCAAGAUCAGCAGCAGCCUUAUGCUCCUGCUAAUCCUUAUGGAGAUCCUUCCAUGGUAGGUCAGCCAGUGGAUCCACAAACAGGAAUGCCAAUUGCAGGAAUGCAAAGCGUGCCGGUUUUCCAGGGACUUAAAGCCAAGAAGGUCACCCUCAAGGAAGACGAAUGUGACGACAUGUACGAUUCAUGCCCGGACAUGGCUAAGAACAAAUACUGCGAGAAUUACGUUGAUCUCAUGAAGGUGCAAUGCAAAAAGUCUUGUGGAUUCUGCAAAGUUAAAGAUGAAAGUUCAGCAUCCGGUAGCUCGUCUGAGAGUUCUGGUUCAUCAUUGGCUGAUUCAUCGGCCUCUGGUUCUGCUAUGUGGAACGACGAAGAUAACGAACUGCCUAUCUGGAGAAAGUCUGGUAUUCCUUCACCAGGUGAUAAGGUUGUGGGUGAAUCAGGCUCUGGUUUAGCAAGUGCAAGUGACUUAUGGUCUGCCUCUGCUUCCGGUGCUAAUAUGAUCAAGGGAGAAUCAGACACACCAUCUGAGAGCCUUCCAGUGGUUCCUCCAGCAAAGAAGGAACAGGCCCCUGAAGUGGUUGAGUCUGGAUCUGGUCAGGCUUCAGAGGACUUUGGGUCUGCCUCGGGUGCUAACCUCGCUGAAGAUCUGGCCACAGGCACUGUAAGCAAGACAGAGCAGGAUAAACCAGAGGUUGUUGCCCCUAAAACAAAAUACAGUGAAAUCCCAGUCCCGAGGGUCAUCGUUCAACAACAGCCAGCCGCUCAAAUAUACCCACGCAUUGACCUCAGGGUCAUUGCUAAAGCCGUCGAUGCCUACAAGUCCACUGCCUUGCGAAUGCUUGGUGAGGCUAUUAAAGAUGCCGCUCAAGAUGCUGAGUACAAAGCUACCAAGCGAACAAACAUUCCAAUGCCUCCUGCAAAUGAGUUGCUGGAAAAGAUGGGUUUCCCAAUGGAGGAGCCAAGAAGUGAGGUCCCACCACUGCCACAGCCAGGAACUACUCCAUAUGCACAGUAUUAUCAACAACCUGCUUAUAACUAUCCACAGAACUACUACACUGCACAACAAAGCGGUGUUGCCAAGUCCGAAGUCCAAAAGCCCAAACCAAAGGCAAAAGAAGAACCAAAAAAAGAAGACAAACCCAAGAAGGAGGAUGAAGCUGAUGAUGAGGACAAGAAGUCUGAUGUUAAGGAUCCAUUCCAGUAUGUUCGUCACAUGAAGGCUGGGCAGUCUAUGCAGCCCAUUGAGUCCAGACCUGGAGCAUCACUUGCACCACGCUCUCAUUCCAAUCCAAUUAUCUUAUUCAAGAACUCGCAGAUAUCUAAUGAGGCAGCCAAGAAGAAUGCUAUUCCUAAAGCCCCAAAGACGCCCCAAGCCUCGUCCGCUGCUCGUUUUGGUAUCCCCCAACCACUCUUCAACCCUAACAUCCCUCAGCAAAAGAGCGAUGUGCCAUUAGAACUCCUGAACCAGAACGAUAACAUGGAUGCGCCUGCUCAGGAGGUCGCUCCUCAAUAUGAACAACAAUUGCCAACAAGUGAUAACCAGUUAGAUAGCACUAUUGAUGAUGCUGCUAUGAUGAGAAGCCAGACAACAACAGCAGAUCAGCCAACGAAUCAAGCACCAGAUAACAAGGAGAAAACAGCUCCUGGACUGGCGAGCUUUUUCAACAACCAACCAAAUCAGCAACCUUCUUCCAAGACAGAAAAUAAAAUAAAUAUUUUGCCAGAAAGCAAUUCUUACUUCGCAAACCAACCCAGCGCUGGCGCCGCAACAGCACAAAUUGGCGGUAAAGAAAUGGAAAACACAGACGAGAUGUCCUCAUUUUCAGACGACGCAUUUACAAAACAGGAUUCUACAAUUAACGAUGAGCACCAAGCAGACUCUUUAUUCGGGUCUCUUGCCUCGAAACUUUCUACUGCGUCUCAACCAAAAGAUGACAAGACAAUGGGAAUGACUUCGAGUCCUUUUGUUUCCCAAGCUGAGAUAUCUGGUAAAAUCCCCAAGAAAAGUAGUAUGGGUGGGAAUAGUGACGUAGAUAACUUGAGCGAUUACGUCAAAGAGGACUUCAGUGACGACGAUUUGGGUGGUGGAGAAAAGGCCCAAAGCAGAGGAGAUUUGCCUCCUUUGAACCACGGAAAAGAAAAAGCAGACAAUCUACCCCCACUGCAUCAUGGGAUCGAAACAGGUGCCCUGCCACCAUUGAAUCAUGGGACGGCAAACGCCAAAGCUCUCCCCCCACUGAACCAUGGGAUGGAUUCAAGUGUACUGCCACCACUGAAUCAUGGGACGGAAAACGCCAAAGCUCUCCCCCCACUGAAUCACGGGAUGAAUUCAGGUAUACUGCCACCACUGAAUCAUGGGAAGGAAUUCGCGGCCAAUCUUCCUCCGCUGAACCAUGGUUACAAAGCAGAGUCGGUGUCCCCAUUGAAUCAUGGGAUGGAAACGGCUUCCAAUCUUCCUCCUCUUUUACAAGGGGUAGAACAACAGAAUAUUCUACCACCAUUGACUAAUUAUGAUGAAAGCAUUAAGAGCUAUCGACCUCCUAUGCUGCCUCCUCUCGAGCAUGCGCAAAACAGCCCAGAGAUGAACUUCUUUUUCUCCAAGCCAGCCAACACUGAAGGAUCAAGGUUCAAAAUAACUGCUGACCAGCUGAAGAAUAGCUACCAGUCCUCGCCGAGUGCUGAGAGUGCCAACGUUUUGCCGCCAUUGAACCACAAUGAGCUGCCUCCUUUGAGGUACUCCUCUGAAGACCAAUACAAUGAUCCAGAUACAAGAACAAACCCACCACCAAUCUAUCCCUACUCCAUCCCCCCUGAGGGUACAGCUGCCAAUCAUGGCUACACAGAAAAUAAUGACUAUCAGUCCGACGACAUCUCUGAUAAUGAUAAUGAAAAAACACCGAGACAGUGGUUCCCAGAAGGAGGGAAUCCGUAUCCAAUCCCACUCCCCCCAGAGGGUGAUCAAAGUGACCAACUACCAAAACCAACUGAGACUAAAGAAGGAGGAAUUGGAAAGAAGAAUCUAAUUCGACCAAAACCAGAUCUGCAGUGUGGAAGUGGAUGGACAGGGGCUCUUGGUGAUUUCGGAACAUUCUGCUACAAAGUAGUUUACGGAAAAAGCACGUGGGAUAACGCCCGCAAGAGUUGCAAGUCAGCGGGAGGCGAUCUCUUUAGUGUCAYCAAUGCGUAUGAGCAGCGGUUUUUAGAAAACUUUACCAACGUAGAAUCGUGGCUAGGAUAUCGUGACAAGUCUCUUGCUGGAACAUGGCGAUGGAGCGAUGGAAGCAAAUCUGUGUAUACUGACUGGGAUAGUAGUGCUAAGGAUGACCAUGGUAAGGGAAGAGAUUGUGUCGUCUUGGACGCCAAUGAAGGCAAAUGGAGAGACGCGUCCUGUUCACAGAAACAUUCCUUCCUGUGCAAGAAAAAUGCUGAUGAAUGCAGCAAAGGCUGGAAGAAGCUUACUCUCAACAGCGUGCGAGGAUGUUACAAGUUCUAUGAUGACUUGAAAACAUGGAGCGAAGCACAACAAAGCUGUUUGGAUGAUGAUGGUAGCUUAGCCAGUAUCUUGUCUGAUGAUGAACAGACAAUGGUGUCUCAGGUCUACUCUAAACACGACAUGUGGAUUGGCUACAAUGACAAAGAUAGCGAGGGAGACUGGGUCUGGACAGAUAGAACUACGUCAUCCUAUACCAACUGGAAUGACAAAUCACCAAACAAUGGUGGCAUAAGUUGCGCAAUCGUCACACGUACAGGAAAAUGGCACGAUGAACCAUGUCAGUCCACGUACAGUUACAUCUGCAAGAAACCAAGCCCCAAAAGUAGGAAGGACUUAGAAAACGAUGGAGUUCUCACACAGCAAGUACAAGACUUCAUCACCAACAACACUUUGAUUCCAGACAUUGAUACAAGUGUUUCUAUAUUUGGCAGUUCAGCAGUUGCACCAGUGUAUUUCUGGACAGCGCAAAAGAUUUACCAGAACAAGAUCCACGGCUCCAACCCCAUCGCUACUCACGGCCACAUCAAAUCUGUUGACGGUGGUCUUCAGUUGAACGGUGUUGACUCGUGGCUGGAUGCAGGGGACUUUUAUGGUCAAUGUCUUGGUGAUCCUGAUCUUUGCAUUAAAGGAUUCUCAUUCGCUACUCAGCUCAACUUCGACGACGAUGCCGCCAGCUAUAAGGACAAACGUUACGUGCUUGAUUCUGCUGGUGACUCACGCGGUGUAUCGGUCUACAUACAGAACAAUACUGUACACUACAAAGUAGCGACGUCCUCCAAGACAUGGGACCUAUCAACAGAGCUCGUUACUAAUGAUUGGCAGGAUGUUGUAUUGACAUGGAAGAAAGAAGAAGGGUUGAUGCUGUACGUUAAUGGCGCCUUCAGAGACUCGCAGAAGGAAGGAACGACAACCAAACCCGUACCGAAUAAACAAGCUCGACUAACCAUUGGUAGAAAGAGCGGCAAUCCUCCUUACAGAUACACAAGGAUGUAUAUUGGUUCUCUGUAUGCCUUUACACGCUUCUUGUCUCCUGAAGACAUACCAUACGUGUUUACCUACGAUGACACAGUGUCAGCUCGCUACACCUGGCUCCUCCCAGAGCUCAGAGACGGUAAAAUCGAAGGAAGUCCUGAGAUCGAAGUCAAUGGACCCGUCAAGGCUGUAGACGGAGGUGUGUACGUCGAUGGAACGAAAGCAUUUCUCAAGGUCGGUAAUUUCAAAGACCGUUGCCUUGGUGACCCAACAAAGUGUCCUCAUGGUGUCAGCUUGAGUUGUAAGCUCAAACUAAGCAGGGUCGUUCGUUCGUACAAAGAUCGUCGUUACAUCAUGGAUUCUGGUGGCCACGUGAAGGGCAACAAGGGCAUCGCAGCUUACAUCGUUAAUAACAAUCUAUACUUUACACUGGCAAUGAGUACAUCAGAAGAUACACUUAGAUGGACAGUCAGGACCUCUAUAUUCACCGUCAGAUGGCAACGCGUUGUUCUAACAUGGAGUCUACAAAAAGGACUUUGGCUUUACAUAGAUGGCCAAUUCCGCGCCUUGACUAAGACACCAAAAACAAUACCCCGAGAUGUAAUCGAUGAAAGUUCGGAAUUCAUCAUCGGUCGGAAGAAUAUCGGCGAUGACUUUAAACCAGCCGAAUUCUCUAUCGGCUCCAUCUCGAUAUUUAAACGAUUCUUGGAUAAGAAAGCUGUCUCUGCCGUCUUUGGAGAAAAGAAAAUGCCAUAUCCUGGUCUCAUUAGAGAAGUGUGGAAGGAACUCCCCGGUAAAGAGAUCAGUAAGCUUAAAGACGAUCCCUACUACCCCAACGAUCCAUCACUCGUCGAAAUCAUCGAGAAUUUCGAUGCUCCAUUCGAUGUUGACAAAGAUUUCGGUAGCCGUGUUAAAGGAUAUUUCGUGGCACCAGAGACUGGCAACUACACCUUCUACCUAUCUGGGUCCAAGUCAGCCGAGUUGUGGCUUAGCAAAGGUGAACGUCAACAGAACAUGUCGGAGAUGAUCGCUUUGCACGAUCCAACUGGACACAACCAGUGGAACAAGUUCACCGCUCAGAUAUCUAAGACAGUGAGUCUAGAAGCCGGCAAGUACUACUACAUCACAGCCUUGGAGAAAGGAACCGAGUCAACUGAUUCACUUUCUGCUGGAGUCAGACUGCCCAGCGGUCGCUUCAUGAGGCCGAUCUCCAAGGAAACCUUACAGUGGAGAUUACCUGGUGAUCCAUUCGCUGGUGUGAUCCGUGAGGUCUGGCAGGGUAUUCCUGGUUACAAGAUAACAGAUUUGACAUCAAACACGAACUUCCCCAACAACCCGUCCAGUAUCGAGGUACUCGACAAGUUUGACGCUCCACAUAAUAUCGAUGACAACUACGGUGCAAGAGUCAGAGGCUACUUCAAGGCUCCAGAGACAGGAAAGUACAGAUUUUACUUGGCCGCCGAUACGACUGGAGAGUUAUGGCUAAGCACAGACGAGAGYGAAAGUAAUGUAAAGAAAGUAAUAGCAAUCAACGGAUGGACAGACCAUAACCAAUGGCUGAAGUUUCCCGAGCAGAAGUCAGAGCACAUUCAUCUUAAGAAGGGUCGUUACUACUACUUUGAGGCCUAUCACAAGGCAGACAARCUAGCUGACUGUGCGUCAGUAGCAGUGGAGUUCCCAAGUGGACAUUUUGAAGGACCAAUCAAGAGAGUUCAUUUGAGCUGGAGGUUGCCAGAUGGUAUAACUGGCCCUGGACCAUCAUCAGAACAAGAAGCCAUUCCCAAACCCGUUGGUCUCUAUCCUCUCACAAAGAGUUUUGGCGCCAAGGACGCAAGUGGUAACAAUGACAACGGUAUCCUUAGCAACGUCAAGUUAGCCGACGGUCCAGACGGUUUAUCUGAAAGUGCAUACGAGUUCUUAGGGAAAGAGGAUUCCUACAUUGAAAUCCCCAAGAGCAGACAGCUCGAUACCAAGAACUCCAUGACGGUGCUGGCCAACAUCUACCCAACAGGCAACGGUGGCCCAAUCAUCAACUACAAGACAGAUGGCUGGGGAGUACAUAUAUGGCAGUUUGAAAGCAAUGAGUUGUUCGUACGUUUCGUGCAUAGAAAUGGAGUCUUCCAUAAACCAAUUGGAUCACGUGUUAUAGAGCUAAACACAUGGAACCAAGUUGGUGCCACAUACGAUAACUCUACCGGUGUUGCWAAACUCUGGCAUAACGGAAAGAUGGUCAAGAGUAGGAACAUUGGACAAAUCAGACUUGCUACUCAGUAUCCAAUAAGAAUCGGCGCACGAGAUGGCGAUGAUAGAAGGUAUUCUGGUAAGAUCGCGUGCGUGCAGAUCUACGAUAAAGCCAUGGAUCAACAACAAAUAGGAAACCUUAAAGUCUGUCCUGUUAAAGCACCCGUGGUAGAAGAAGAUGAGUCUGGUUCAGGCUCAGGAAUGUGGGACGCACCUCAAAAAGUCGACCUAUCAAAGCCAGAUGCAGAGAACCCAGUCGUCAAAAGAACCAAGAUUCCCCGRGCAGAAAAGAAACAAGGAAGUGAGAAAUACCAGAAAAACAGCACAUCUAAUGGUGUAAUAGAACAAAUGCGCGAAGAGAAAAAAGAAGACGUCCUCCUGCUCUUCCAGAGACUCGGUUGCUACGCAGACAACCCAAGUCGCCACGACAUGCCAACUAAAGCAGACAUCAAGUCAGUCAGCCAAGAGGAGUGUGUGCGAGCAUGCGCACUAAAAGAGCAAGGCUUUUCGUACUUCGGGCUUCAAGAUUCCAACCAGUGUUACUGUGGGCACGGGUAUGGUAAAUAUGGACGAUCUGAUGAGUCGUUGUGUAAUAAACGAUGUAAUGGUAAUAACGAUGAAAACUGUGGAGGAAACUCGACCAAUAUGGUCUACUUUUUUGGCCUUGGGGCAAACUACACAGUCAAGGUCUACACAGGAGACAGGGACAAUGCUGAAUCUGAUGCUAAAGUCUACAUCACUCUGUAUGGAAACAAAGGAGACUCGGGCUUCAGAAAGCUGAGCGCACAAACAUUUACUAAAAAAGAUGCCGUUAGCGAGACUCUGCUCUUGCCAGAGUUAGGAGAACUAAAAAAAGUUCGCAUUCUUCACGACAACUCAGGCAAACACCCAAGCUGGUUCCUCAAGAAGAUAACGGUGACAGAUGAAAACGGCAAGCUCUACAACUUCCCAUGUAAAGAAUGGCUGAGCGAGACGCGAGGUGGCGGCAAAACAGAGAGACUUUUGUUCGUUGAUAACUCGAAGCAAUCAUAGUGAUUGGAUGAUAUUAUAUAGACAGAUACAUGUUUUGUAAACCUUCACGUAACCAUGACAACCAGACGACAACUAUAGACAGCUAACCAACAGUGACUGACGAUAAUCCAAAUAUGGACAAUGAUGAUACAGGAAUCCCAACCGUGGGACCGUACUUUGGUAGUAGAGAACUAUAAUGUUUCUAUGACAACGUAAUUCAUAUUGACUAGAGCUAACCAUCAAGACAAUGCCAUGUAUUGACAACUAAAAACAAACACGAAAUAUCGUGCAAUAUACUAAGUAUGACUAUU